AUGAGCAAGUAUUCCAACUCGGCCCAGUCGGCCUCUUCAUACCGUCGCACCUUCGGCUCUGGCAUCAGCUCAACCCCAAUGUCCUCCCACUUCUCCUCUGGAGGAGUAGGAGGUGGACGCAGCUCCUCCGCAAGCCACAUGUCCUCCAGAGUCUAUGAGGUCAGGAACACCGCCGUCCCCUCCUACUCCGGCUACCGGGUGUCCUCCGGCGUUGGGGGAGCUGGGGGAGCUGGGUACGGCUCCUCUUCGGCCGUGCGCACCUACUCUGGCGAGAAACUUGACUUCAACCUGGCCGAUGCCAUGAACCAGGACUUCCUCAACACAAGGACCAACGAGAAGGCCGAGCUCCAGCACCUCAACGACCGCUUCGCCAGCUACAUCGAGAAGGUGCGUUUCCUGGAGCAGCAGAAUGCGGCGCUGACGGUGGAGAUCGAGAAGCUGAAGGGCCGCGAGGGGCCCGGCCGCGUGGCUGAGAUGUAUGAGGAUGAAAUGAGGGAGCUGAGGAGGCAAAUAGAGGCCCUGUCCAACCAGCGCGCCCGCGUGGAGGUGGAGAGAGACAACCUGGCUGAUGACUUGCAGAAACUGAGGCUCAGACUGCAGGAGGAGGUCCACCAGAAGGAAGAGGCUGAGAGCAACCUUUCUGCCUUCAGAGCCGAUGUUGACAAUGCCACUCUGGCCAGGCUGGACCUGGAGAGACGCAUUGAGAGCCUGCAAGAGGAGAUCGCUUUCCUCAAGAAGAUCCAUGAAGAGGAGAUCCGUGAGCUGCAGAGCCAGAUGCAGGACACUCAGGUACAGGUCCAGAUGGACAUGUCCAAACCCGACCUGACCGCCGCUCUGAGGGACAUCCGCGUGCAGUACGAGGGCAUCGCCGCCAAGAACAUCUCAGAGGCUGAAGAGUGGUACAAGUCUAAGGUGACUGAUCUGAAUGUGGCUGUGAACAAGAACAACGAUGCGCUGCGUCAGUCCAAGCAGGAGUCCAUGGAGUACAGGCACCAGAUCCAGUCCUACACCUGUGAGAUCGACUCACUCAAGGGCACUAAUGAGUCUCUGCUGCGUCAGAUGAGAGACAUGGAGGACCGCAUGUCCCGCGAGGCCUCUGGUUACCAGGAUAGUAUCUCACGGCUGGAGGAAGAAAUCGCUAAGAUGAAGGAUGAUAUGGCUCGUCACCUGAGAGAGUACCAGGACCUCCUCAAUGUGAAGAUGGCCCUUGAUAUUGAAAUCGCCACCUACCGCAAGCUGUUGGAGGGAGAGGAGAGCAGGAUCACUUUGCCUGUCCAGUCUGCUUAUUCCUCUAUUGGAUUCAGAGAGACCAGUCCUGAGUCCCAGCAUCAGCAGCGCUCCUCAGAGGUUCACUCCAAGAAGACUGUUCUCAUCAAGACCAUCGAGACCCGCGAUGGAGAGGUUGUCAGCGAGUCCACACAGCAUCAGCAAGACAUCAUGUAAACCAGAAGAGGGCAACGUUAGAAACACCAUAUAUAAUAAAUUAAUAAAAAAAAUAGCACAAAAAUGGACAUUUUCCUACCAUGAUUCAUAAGCUGAGCCUAUUUUUAGAGACGGAGUGCUGAUCAUUUCAGCUGAUUUAAAAGGAAACAUGAAAUUAUAUAAGUGAAUGCAACCACUGUAUACAUUAUUUUCAGGAGAUGUGCAGUAUGGAGGCACAACGCACUGCCUUUAGCCUGGUUUUAAAUAAAGGUCAUUCCAGGAAUAAUGCUCUAUUCGUGUUACUUUCCUUCUCUCAAAAACACACCUGAAUUUGUCAUAAUCUUGUCUGCAGGAAUAUUUCAAUGGCAAGAGUAGAGUUUUAAAUGAACAACAAGGCUUUGUGAAGCUGUAUUGGCCCAGUAUCCACAGGGAGGUUUGCAAUGGGCCUGAAACAACAUGGUCAAAAAAUUAUAUUUUAACGGUACUUUUCACUGCACAUAUUCCAAGUCUCUCUGUGCAAAUGUACAAGUAUGGCUUGAUUAAGAAGGGCUUUAUAUAACUGAUUUAAGGAAUGUGGGAUGUUGUGUCAGAAACACAAACAUCUAAUAAAGAAAAAGGAACUCAGUCAUGUUUGAAGUUUGAGCUCUGUGCUGGCUGUUUGGUUGUAUGAGUAUGAGUGACCAUGAUAUGCUGCUUCACUGCGGCCAAAAACUCAAAUAAAGACAUUUGUUAUCACCUUG